AUGGACCGAGAAAUGGAAAAGGAAGCACUCCUGCCAGGCGGGAACCCACCUCCGGCAGCAUCACCAUCGCGCCGAGCACCCGGUAGCGUACGUGCCACAAUAUCAAGGAUCUUCUGGUGGCUUUUCUGCGUGGUGCGCAUCGUUGCUUUGGUCCUCGUGGUCGUCCAGGCCAUCACACAUAAGCCCAUUUUCAACGCUGGGACCGGCCGUGAUGAAUUGACUGCUGCGUCUCUCGAGAGCUGCGCCUGGGACAUCUUGGAGCCACAUGCCUCGCUGCUCUCCGUACCGCCCAUUGGGCGGGAUGAGUACAUCGCUCGACAGGCAAGACUGGCUGAUGCGCUCAGAGCAGCGGGGGUUGACGCCUUCAUCGCAGAGCCGUCGGCUUCCACGGCUUACUACGCCAAUAUCUCGUACACCUUUGAGCUAUCGGAGCGGCCUUUCCUUAUGAUCCUUGAUAAGGAUGGGCAGUUCUCCUAUCUGGUACCCAAGUUCGAAGCCGGCCGCAUCGCAGGGCUCGACAUGGUGUAUGAGGACAAGAAAGUCAUUGUAUGGGCCGAGGAGGAAUCGCCGUACGAGGUACUUGCCAAGGAGACCGGCUUCGGCAAGGUCAUGCUCGACGAGCAUACAAGGUUCAUGAUUGCGGCCGGUCUGCAGAAGGCUGGCGUCGAGGUCGUUCCCAUGUCGGAAACUAUUCAAUCUUUGAGAGCCGUCAAGACGGAAGCCGAGAUUGCUAUUCUGAAAGGUAUCAAUGCCUUCACGCUUGAACUCAUUCGCUCGCUGCAGAAGUGCAUCAAGCUGGGCAUGACACAGGAGACUGUUGUCUCAUCGGCACACGCUCUUUUCGGCCGUGCUGGGGUUGGCAGCGGAUUCUGGGCCAUUGUGCUCUUCGGGGACCAGGCAGCCUAUCCCCACGGAGGGAAGCAUGGCAAGACUUUGAGUGACGGCGAGUUCGUGCUCAUCGAUAUCGGCUCAAAGCUGCACGACUACGGCAGCGACGUGACUCGAACCAUCUUGCCAUCAGAUGCAGUCGUGAGUGAUGAGCUGUUGGGCAUCUGGCAGACUGUCCACGCAGCACAGUCGGCAGGCUUCCACCGGAUGUGGCCCAAUGAGACUUGUUCCGUUGUCGACGCGGGCUCGAGGGAAGUGGUGAAGAAGGCCGGCUACGGGCCAUACUACACGCACCGCCUUGGCCACGGUUUGGGUUUGGAGAUGCAUGAGCACCCCUACCUAAACGGCGCAAACAGCGAAAAGCUAAAAGUUGGUGAGGUGGUUACGAACGAGCCGGGGAUCUACGUAACCACGGAGCAGGCUGCAGACGUAGGGAGGAAGGUCGGCUUUGGUGUCAGGUUGGAGGACCCAAUCCUCGUAACAGAGCAAGGAGGUGUUCCGAUGACGGGACGGCGUGCAAAGUCGCCAUAUGACCCCUAA